UCUUGCUGCCGCCUGCCAUAUUCAGCGUAAUCCUUUAAGUUCUAAUACUUCUAAUUUAUAAAUAUCAAAGCCACUUUGGUAGUGAAGUAUUUCUGUGGUUUUGGAAAUUUGGCAAUCGCUUACAGUAUAUUUUAAGAUAUUACAUCAGUGUAAACCAGCUAAAAAAUGACUUCAAAAAGCGGUGCUGCUGAAGUGUCUGAGGGCGAACAAGUAAAAUCAAAAUCUCAAUUGAAAAAAGAGGAAAAACUUGCAGCAAAAGCUAUGAAGAAGGAACAAUUUAAAACAAUGAAUAAAGCAAAUAUUAAUGACCAGGAAUCUAGUGAAGACAUCUCUAUUGGAAAGUACGGAGUCUUAAAAAUGAUUCAAAGUUCAAAAAAUUCUGUAUCUGAUCGAGUAUUUGUGAAUGUAAAAAACAUCAUGACUAUUUUAGCUGAUAAUAGUGUUUGGAUACGUGCAAGACUUCACACUAGUCGUGCCAAAGGUAAACAAUGUUUUAUGGUUGUCAGACAGCAGCAAUGGUCUAUUCAAGUAUUAGCUGUUGUAUCUGAUACUAUUAGUAAACAAUUUGUAAAGUUUUGUUCCAAUAUUAACAAGGAAUCUAUAGUAGACAUUAAAGGUAAAGUUACAAGAACACCUUCUAAAAUYGAAUCAUGCUCACAACAAGAUGUUGAAUUACAUAUUGAAGAAUUGUGGGUUGUUAGUCAGUCUGCUAAUCAACUUCCUUUACUUAUUGAAGAUGCAUCUAGGCCAGUUAAAGGGGAUGACGAGGAUCAAGGUUUGAAUAUUAAAGUGAACCAAGAUACAAGGCUAGAUAAUAGAGUAAUUGAUUUACGUACCCCUGCAAAUCAAGCUAUUUUCCGCCUUGAAGCUGGUGUUUGUAAAGUCUUUCGAGAUUUACUCACUGCAAAAGGUUUUGUUGAAAUUCAUACUCCAAAAAUGAUAAAUGCUGCAAGUGAAGGUGGAGCAAAUGUUUUCACAAUAUCAUAUUUCAAAGGCUCUGCAUAUCUUGCUCAAUCACCUCAGUUGUAUAAGCAAAUGGCAAUUGCUGGUGACUUUGAUAGAGUAUUCACAAUUGGCGCAGUUUUUAGAGCAGAAGAUAGCAAUACAUAUAGACAUUUGACUGAAUUUGUUGGCUUAGAUUUAGAAAUGGCUUUUAAGUAUCAUUAUCAUGAAGUAGUUGAUGUUAUUGGUUCACUUUUUACCAACAUAUUUAAAGAAUUACGUGACAAUUAUCAAUCUGAAAUUAAAACAAUAUGUGAACAAUAUCCAGUUGAACCAUUUAAAUUCUUGGAUCCACCUUUAAAACUUGAAUUUCCAACGGCUGUUAAUAUGCUUCGCGAGGCUGGAGUUGAAAUUGGUGAUGAAGAGGAUUUGUCAACACCAAAUGAAAAAUUACUUGGACGUUUGGUCAAAGCUAAGUAUGAUACAGAUUUCUACAUUUUGGAUAAGUUUCCUCUUGCUGUACGACCCUUUUACACUAUGCCAGAUCCUGAUUCAAAAGUUGCUUCUAAUUCUUAUGAUAUGUUUAUGAGAGGUGAAGAAAUUCUAUCUGGCGCUCAGAGGAUACAUGAUUCUGAUUACUUAAUAGAAAGAGCUAAACAUCAUCAAGUUGAUAUUGAGAAGAUUGCAGCUUAUAUAGACGCUUUCCGGUAUGGGUGUCCACCUCAUGCUGGUGGUGGAAUUGGAUUGGAGAGAGUUGUAAUGUUGUACUUGGGCUUGGACAACAUAAGAAAAGUAUCAAUGUUUCCUCGUGAUCCUAAAAGACUUACUCCAUGAUUGAAUUAUAUUUUAUACAAUAUUUAUUUAUUAUUAUUA